UUUGCAUAUCUAAAUGCAUUCUGAGCUAGUUUGAGGGUUAGAUGUCAAAAAUCAUGCACGUUCUAGCUACCAAUAUCAUUAUCAGAGUUAGCUAGACUGUGUAUAUAUAAACACACAUUAGACACAUGAUGAGACAUAAUCAUUUCCAUCUCGAUUUCUUUGGCUUGUUGUUCUAUCAAAACUUGAUUGAGAAAGAAACAAAAGGGAGUACGAAGAAAUGGGUUCUAUUGGCAUUAUUGAUGAAGAUCAAAUGAAGAUGAACGGUCCUGUCGUGGUAACUGGUGCCGCCGGGUAUGUGGGUUCCUGGCUCGUGAUGAGACUGCUUCAACUAGGCUACACCGUUCGUGCAACAGUACGCGACCCCACUAAUAUCGAAAAAACAAAGCACUUAUUGGCUAUACCCGAAGCAAAAGAACGAUUAACUCUAUGGAAAGCAGACCUAGACGAUGAAGGGAGCUUCGAUGGAGUGACUAGUGGAUCUAUUGGCGUUUUUCAUUUAGCCACUCCAAUGGACUUUGAAUCAACAGAUCCCGAGAAUGAAAUCCUCAAGCCCACACUUCGUGGGGUUUUAAAUGUGAUGAAGUCUUGUAAGAAAGCCGAGACGGUAAAGCGUGUUAUAUUCACGACUUCUGCUGGAACUGUAAACGUUGAAGAGCACCAAAAGCCGGUUUAUGAUGAAUCCUCAUGGAGUGAUCUUGACUUCAUCAGGAAGACCAAGAUGACUGGUUGGAUGUAUUUUGUAUCAAAAACACUGGCUGAGAAAGCUGCGCAGGAAUUCGCAGAGGAAAAUGACAUACAUUUCAUCAGUGUCAUACCAACAUUAGUCGUGGGUCCUUUCCUUAUGAAUAGCAUGCCGCCUAGCAUGCUCACGGCCUUGGCUCUAAUCACAGGAAACGAAGCGCAUUAUUCAAUUUUGAAGCAAAUUCAACUGGUUCACUUAAAUGAUUUGUGUAAUGCCCAUAUUUUCCUUUGGGAAAAUCCUAAAGCUGAGGGAAGAUAUAUUUGUUCUUCUGAAGACACCACAAUUUAUCAGCUAGCUAACAUGCUUCGAAACAGAUACCCUGAAUACUGCAUCCCUACAAAGUUCGACGGAAUUGAUGAGUCAAUUGAACCAGUUCGUUUCUCUUCUAAGAAACUAACAGACUUGGGAUUUCAGUAUAAGUACACUUGGGAAGAUAUGUUUGAUGGAGCAAUUCAAUCAUGCAAGGAGAAGAAUUUAUUACCAACACUUGAUGGCAUGUCCCCUGAACUGGUGAAUAAGAAGAUGAAGUUGCCAACUUCUCUUGCACCGCCACCACCACCACCACGGCAAUUAACGCCUGCCGUUUUGGAAUAAGAUACCUCCUUUUAUCAUUGGCAUUUCCCCUUUUGGGCGGCAGAUUCUUACGUGUGUUUCUUUUGUAAGGGCUUUAGCACUUAGCAGUGCAUAUAUUAUGAAUCGGAAAGAAAUAAAUACCUCAUUGUGUUAAACAAGGCCAUCAAGGGCUUUUACAUUUUUCCCAGUUGCAUACUCCAAGUAAUUUCAAAUUAGUAAUUAUAUUCAUUACUAA